AAUUAAUUAAAUAAAUAAAAAGAGAGAGGGAGAGAGAGAGAGAGAGAGAGAAGCAGAAGAAAACAAAAACAUAGCAAAUAAGCAAACCCCUCUCCCCAUCAAACCUUGUUUUUCACUCUUUCAUCCCUUCUUCUUCUCCACCCAAAUCACACCCAUCUUCUCUUUCUCUCGACGGACCCAUCAAUGGAAAGUAGCUCAAGACCCCAAGAAAGAGAGAACCCAUCUCCCAUCAACUCGCCGACCAGCAAUGUCACCAACAGUGUGGGCAGCAGCAACAGCAAUGGCCUCCAAAAUCCACCCAAGCCAAUCCCCAGAUCUGCCGACUCCAACCCCUACCCGACAACCUUUGUCCAAGCGGACACCUCCACCUUCAAGCACGUCGUCCAAAUGCUCACGGGCUCAUCGGAGACGGCCAAGCAAUCGUCAAAACCCAACCAGGAUCCGUCGCUGGGGCCAAUAUCGUCCAAGAACCAUAGCAUACCGCCGAUGAGGACUGCACCCAAGAAGCAACAAGGGUUCAAGCUCUACGAGCGGAGGAACAACCUCAAGAACAGCCUCAUGAUCAACACGUUGAUUCCCAACUUCGCUCAGAACAAUCCCGGGUUCUCGCCGCGCAAGGUUCCGGAGAUCCUCUCGCCGAGCCUGCUCGACUUUCCUUCGCUCGCUCUCAGCCCUGUCACCCCAUUGAACGGAGAAGACCCAUUUGACAAGUCCUCCUCGCCGUCGCUUGGGAGCUCUUCCGAGGAAGAGAAAGCCAUCGCCGAGAAAAAGUUUUUCUUUCAUCCGUCCCCGCGAACCACCACUCCCAGAGACUCCGAGCCGCAGCUUUUGCCUUUGUUUCCUGUGACAUCGCCAAGAGUUUCAGGGUCCUCUUAAUUCCUGCAGAAGAGAGAUCUUGUAUGAACAAAUAACUUCUUGCUUUUCAAUUGUAAAAUUUAAUCUCUUUCUUCCAUAGAUUGCUUAAAGGUCUUUGUUUUUACUCUUUCCAAAUUUUUAUGCCUAUAUUAUCAUUAUUCAGAA